AUGGUUGAUUCAUCUGGAGAAGUGUGUUCACAUCUAAACAUUUCUUGAACAAAAAGACCAACUUAAGGAGGACAUCUAAGUGGUUCCUACACUCUGCAUUACAAUAGAAGGCAAAUAGGGAUAUUCACUGGAACCCAACCGAUUGUCUCAAAAACAUUAAGAAGAUUGAAAACAAAUGGCACUUCACAAGAAAGAGGAAACGCUGCAGCAGGUUGGAUAACCGACUGACUGGACUGUUUCAGUCACUGUUCUCAUUAUAACUGUAUUUGACUUCUCUGGACUGUUGUUCACAGUGUGAGUCUGACAAAAUGGCCUGGAAUUAUUUUAAAAAUUCAAUUAAAUCAUUUUUCACUAAAACAUCAAAAGAAAAAGAGCAGAGUGAGAACUGGUCAGAAUCAGAAUCUCCCUGGACAGAAAUGGAACCAGACCCUGAACCAGAACCAGAACCAGAGGUCCCUAAACGUCUUCCUGAUGCUAUCCGAGAUAAAAGCGAACUGCUGGAACCUCAGAUAGGGCCUCUCCCUGUUUAUAAAAUCCCUCUAAAAGAAGAGGAUAUAAAUAUAUGUGGGUGCAGACGAUUCUGGUUUGGGGAAGAAUCUGCAAAACCAAAACCAAAUCGCACCAUAAUGGUUCUUGGAGCCACUGGAGCUGGGAAGUCGACUCUCAUCAAUGGGAUGAUCAAUUACAUCUUAGGUGUCAGAUGGGAUGAUUCAUAUCGGUUCAAGUUAGUUGAUGAAGGACAGGGGAAAACACAAGCAGAAAGUCAGACCUCUGAAGCCACAGUGUACAAAAUAAACUACCGAGAAGAGUUUCAGAUCCCCCACUCCCUGACUAUCAUUGACACUCCAGGGUUUGGAGACACAAGAGGCAUUGAAAGAGACAAAGAGAUCACACAGCAGUUACAGCGUCUCUUCACCCAGAAAUCUGGGGUCAGUGAAAUUGACAUUGUCUGUUUUGUCACUCAGUCUGCUUUAGCUCGACUCACACCAACACAGAAAUAUGUGUUUGAUUCUGUUCUCUCAAUCUUUGGCAAAGAUGUGGCAGAAAACAUCAGGAUUCUGGUGACGUUUGCAGACGGUCAGCGCCCACCAGUUCUAGAGGCGAUCAAUGCGUCAGGUGUCCCAUGUCCUAAAACUGAUGAUGGGCUGCCAGCUCACUUCAAAUUCAACAACUCUGCUCUGUUUGCCUACAACCAGUCAUCUGAUGAUGAAGAAGGAGGUUUUGAUGAGAUGUUUUGGAACAUGGGAUUACGAAGUAUGAAGAGGUUCUUUGCGGCAUUGAAUCAAAUAACAACCAAAAGCUUGACAAUGACAAAUGAGGUCCUCAGAGAAAGGCAGCAGCUUGAGGUUUCAGUGGAAAAUUUGCAGAUACAGGUUAGAGUUGGUCUAGCCAAACUUGAGGAGGUGAAAGAAACAGCUGAAAAGAUUAAAGAACAUGAGGCUGAGAUCACCAGAAAUGAGAACUUUGAGUUUGAAGUCACUGUCACCCACCCUGAUAAGGAGGAUAUUUCUGGGAGUGGAAAUUACAUCACAAAUUGUCAACAGUGUCACCAUACCUGUCAUUAUCCUUGUGGCAUUCCAAAUGAUUCAGACAAAAGGGGUUGUGCUGCAAUGGGUUCAGAUGGAAACUGCAGAGAGUGUCCAAAGAAAUGUAUCUGGAGUGUACACUAUAACCAGAAGUACAGGUGGGUGUAUAAGGAAGUUAAAGAAAAGCGAACAGUGAAAGAGCUCAAAGAAAAGUACCUGAAAGCUAAAGAAGCAAAGUCACCUAUCCAGGCUUUAAUUUCCAAAUUAAAGGACGAGUACAAACUUGUGCAAAAUCAAGUUGUGGAGCUGAUGAAAAAGUCUUCAAGAUGUUUAAACCGACUAAAAGAAAUCGCAUUGAAACCAAACCCUCUAUCUACUCCAGAGUACAUCGACAUGCUCAUUGAGUCAGAGAAAUCUGAGCACAAACUAGGAUGGAAAAAACGAGUUCAGGCCCUGACACACAUGAGAGAAAAAGCAGAGAUGAUGGCUAAAGUAGAGAGAGGAGAAACACUUCUGCAGACUUCAGUUACAGGGACAACGGACAGUAAGCAAGACCAAACCAAGACCAGUACCAAUGCAGUCAAAGAUCAGACCAAGACUGAUUCCAAUGAAAAAGGCCAAAACAGUGAGCAUCACACUGUCCAAGACUCAGACAAGGACCAUGGUACUGACCAAGUCCUAAACCAGGACCAUGAAACUGACCAAGACCUAAACAAGGGCCAUGAAACUGACCAAGACCAAAACAGGAGCAGUGAAACUGACCAAGACCAAAACCAGGACCACGAAACUGACCAGGACCAAAAUGAGGACAGUCAUACUGACCAGGACCAAAAGGAGGACGGUGAUACUGACCAGGACCAAAACGAGGAUGGUGAGACUGACCAGGACCAAAAGGAGGACAGUGAGACUGACCAGGACGAAAACGAGGAUGAUGAUACUGACCAGGACCAAAAUGAGGAUGAUGAGGCUGACCAGGACCAAAAGGAGGACGGUGAUACUGACCAGGACGAAAACGAGGAUGAUGAUACUGACCAGGAUGAAAACGGGGAUGGUGAGACUGACCAGGACCAAAAGGAGGACUGUGAUGCUGACCAGGAUCAAAACGAGGAUGGUGAGACUGACCAGGACCAAAAGGAGGACGGUGAUACUGACCAGAACGAAAACGAGGACGGUGAUACUGACCAGAACGAAAACGAGGACGGUGAUACUGACCAGGACCAAAAGGAGGACGGUGAUACUGACCAGGACACAAAUAAGGACAAUAUCACAUACAAGAAUUAAUCAAGGACACACAUGGAGACUUGGAACUUUAGUUCCAAACCUCUAGUCUCUGGACUAUCUAACAACACAAAGGGACAGUUUACACCUUUACCUUCUCAUAUUAUUUCUUAAAAUACAAGUGUCUGAACAAGCUCUGUUCAGUUUAUGUUAACAUACUAAUUAAUCAUCUCCUGUUAAAGCAUUUGUCUGUGUAUUACUC